AUGCUUCAAUAUUGCGGCAUUGCGCCCUUAUCCAAAACUUUCAUAAGAAUUACAGGAAAGGAUUCAACCAAAUUCUUGAAUGGACUAACAACUUCUCGUUUACUUCCAAAUAUAGUCAAGAAGAAACAACAUACCAUCACCGAUUCUGAUUCCAAACAUGCAGAUCUUUCAAAAGUCAUCGAUAUAGAGACCAAUUGGGGAUUAAUGCAUGAAGAUAUAUAUGACCCAGAACAGAAUAUAACUAUUUCAAGAGAUGGGAUUAAUUCCAUGUUUUUGAAUUCAAAGGGAAGAGUAAUCACUGAUUGUUUCCUCUAUUCUCAUCCAUUUCAUAAUUUCGAAGGACAAUUUGAUGAUGAGAUGAAGCAACCUGGAUUUUUGGUGGAAGUUGAUAAUCCUAAUUUAUUAAUGGUAUUAAAAUUACAUAAAUUAAGUGCCAAGAUUAAAAUCGCACAUGAAAAAUCCUUAUAUUCAUAUUAUUAUUAUAAUGAUACGGCAAGCUUUGAUGAAUUAUUAGAACUGGUUCAGGACAAAUAUUUCAGAAGUACAGAUCCUGUCAAUGCCUUACAAAAUGCCAAUUCAUUCAUUAAGGACGAAGUUUUCUUUAAUAAAGACAUCGCAAAGCAUAUCAUUGGAUUUUCAUUCGAUAAUAGAAUCCCAAAUUUCGGGAUAAAAGUAACCACCAACAAACCAAUAACUAAAAGUGAAGAAAAUGAAGAAGGUAUACCGAUAAAAGAUUUUUUCUCAACUGAAUUCCAAGCAAGUUACGCUGUAGAUGCUGUACCAGAAGAUACAGUACUGCAAAGAAGAUUUGUGAAUGGGUUGUUUGAGAGUCAUGACGCUCCAAAAGAUGUUUCAUUAUUACCAUUUGAAUGUAAUUUGGAUUAUAUUAAUGGAUUAUCUUUAGAAAAAGGAUGCUAUAUUGGACAAGAACUUACUAUUAGAACAUUCAAUAAUGGAAUAAUAAGGAAAAGAAUAUUUCCUGUACAAUUUUUUGAAAUUAAUGAGGAGAAUAUUGAAGCAAUUCAACAAAUCGAUAUGACUUUGGACGUCACAGAUUCAGUGAUUUCCAUUUUGAAGCAAUUACCACCUUCUACUCUUGGAAAAUUAGAAAUAACUCCUUUGAUCGAAGAAGCAUUAGAAGAAAUGCCAGAGCAGCAACAAGAAGCACCAAACCCAUUUGGCGCUUCUCCAUUUGGUUCUUCCAAGCCGGUUAGGAAGAGAAAAUCGAGUAGUGGAAAGAUCAUGACAGUACAGGAUAAUUUAGGACUAGCAUUAUUUGGAAUUUCAGAUAUUGAAAAGUGCCAAUUAUAUAAAAUUGAAAUUCCUUCGUUGAAGGACGGAAACAAGGUAAUAGGAUUAAAGGUUAAUACUCCACUAUGGUGGCCAGAACAGGAAUAG